UGUCUGACUCAGUUUCUACUAUAUUUCAUCUAGCUGCUCUAAAUCUGAAACGGUUCUCUUCUGCCUUUAGUGAUGGCAACUACUGAUCUGAGGGCUGACUUGAUCUGCUCCGUGUGCCAGGGGAUUUAUUUGGACCCCGUAACUCUGCCGUGUGGCCAUAGCUUCUGCCUGCUCUGUAUUGAGGGAACAUGGAACUGGCAGAGGAGGAAAAAAGAAUUUAAUUCCUGCCCUGAAUGCAGAGAGACAUACAAGACAUGCCCUGAACUGAGAAGAAAUGUGACUCUGCGUAAAAUAGUGGAACAUUACAAGUACAUUAAACCAAAUCAAAAUCCUGUUGAGAUUUUCUGCACUUAUUGUGCCACCCUUGUUCCUGCUGCUAAAUCCUGUCUGCCCUGUGAGGCUUCUCUGUGUGUUAAACAUAUGAAGGACCACAAAAAGUCAGCAGAACAUGUAUUUACUAAACCCACGGAAUACUUUGGGUACAGAAAAUGCUCCGUACACAAGCAGACCUUGGAGUUCUACUGCCCCCAGGAAGGUGCCUGUAUCUGUGCCGCCUGCUGCAAUACUGAGAAGCACAAUGGGCACAAGGAAGAGAAGAUAAAUAUAAUAUCCAUAAAGAAACUAGUGGAAAUAAAAUGUAUUCUGAAGGAACUGUUACCCGAGGAAGUCAAAGCAACAGACAGACUCCAGUCCAGGCAAAAAUUUGAAGAAAAAGUAACAACUGAGACAGAGAAAGUCACGGAGCUGUUUAUAGAGACAAAGAGGGAGCUGGAAGCCCUAGAGGAGAAGAUCAAGGCUGAGAUAGCCAAGCUCAGAGUGGGACUUUCAAAUCCAACAUCUUCAACAACUGAAAGUCUACAAAUAAAAAGAGACACGUUGUCCCAAAAGAUCAGUCAAAUAGAAGAGCUGUGCGGCAUGAAAGAUCCACUUACUCUUUUACACCAGUGGGAAUUACACAAGGAUAUCUUUUAUUGUUUUCUCAGUGACUUACAGAAAGACAAUGAGGAGGUCCAUGGAGAAUGUGAAGUUUCUCAUUUGAAUGGCUCAAGUGAUUUAGUCAGUUUGAUGGUUGCUUUCUUGACUAAUAUUAAAAUUGUCUUUAGGCAGACCAAUGAAUGUUUUCAAAUGAGAGAGAUUUAUAAUGGAAAUGGUCCUGCUGAUGGAGAAGACGUGGUCUCACAGGCAGUUGUUGCAAACUUCACUGGGAUUGUGAGCAGCGUGAAGAAGGCAAUCCACGUUCAGAAGGUUACAGACAUGGUACUGGAUAGAAACACAGCUGGCUUUAAUGUAGGUGUAUCCCAGGAUGGGAAAACUGCUUCCCGGUAUGGAACAGACCAAGGUUACCUACAAACCCCUGAGAGAUUUAAGGUUCCUCAAGUUCUUAGCAUCAUGAGCUUUGCCUCAGGGCAACAUUACUGGGAAGUGGAGGGCAGUGAAUCGGCCAGCUGGAGGGUAGGGGUGGCCUAUCCCAGUAUAGAGAGAGACAAAAAUGACUCUUUGAUUGGGGACAAUAGGAAGUCCUGGGGUUUGUGCAGAGGGCAUAAUGUUUAUUCAGUGAAACAUGCCAGUAAAGUUUCUGUUUUAUCCCACGUCCCAUCCUGCGGGAGAAUCAGGAUCUCAUUGGACUAUGAGGCUGGAUGUCUGUCCUUUUAUGAGCUGAGUGAGCCAAUCAGACACUUACACACCUUCUCUGCCACAUUCACUGAGCCCCUCCAUGUUGCAUUUUGUGUAAGCGAGUGGAAAAUGCUAGGAGAGAAUGCCUGGGUGAGAAUUAUUCACUAGCACUGCUCACUAAUCUGCAAUAGAAACUAACAUAAAAUAGGGAAAAAUCGUACAAUAAACUAACAACCAGAGGAAGCUUUCUACAUUGUUACUUAGUUGCAAGAGCACCUAUAAUUACAGGUAUGGGACCUGUUAUCCAGAAUGUUCGGGUCCUGGGGUG